CCUGCGUUGUUUGGGGACACUAUGAAGAUGGCGGCAGCACCGCUGUACUGUGUCUGCCAGCAGUCUUAUGAUGUUAGCCGGUUUAUGAUUGAAUGCGACAUUUGUAAGGACUGGUUUCAUGGCAGCUGUGUCCAAGUGGAAGAACACCAUGCCGUCGACAUCGAUGUUUACCACUGUCCCAACUGUGAUGUCCAACAUGGACCCUGCUUGAUGAAAAAGCGUAUCAACUGGCACCGGCAUGACUACACAGAGCCUGACGAUGGCAGCAGGCUGGUGCAGGCGGCGACCUCUGUGUUUGUACGAGAGCUGCAGAACAGGCCCUUUCCCAGUGCGGCUGAGAUCCUGGUGCAGAUGCAGGGGCAUCAGGUAACACAGAAGUACCUGGAGAAGCAGGGCUUCAGCUACCCCAUCGCCGUUCCCCAACUAGGCGGACUGGGUCUCAAGCUGCCCCCCUCCAGCUUCUCUGUCAGGGAUGUGGAGGAGUAUGUUGGUGGUGACAAAAUCGUGGAUGUCAUUGAUGUUGCCAGACAGGCAGACAGCAAAAUGAAGCUUCGAGAGUUUGUCAAGUAUUACUACAAACCUCAUCGGCCAAAGGUGCUGAAUGUGAUCAGUCUGGAGUUUUCAGACACCAAGAUGGCAGAGCUGGUGGUGGUGCCUGAUAUCGCUCAGAAGAUGUCCUGGGUGGAGAACUACUGGCCAGAUGACUCCUUCUUCCCCAAGCCCUUUGUUCAGAAGUACUGCCUGAUGGGGGUGAAGGACAGCUACACAGACUUCCACAUAGACUUCGGAGGCACAUCCGUGUGGUACCAUGUACUCUGGGGAGAGAAGAUUUUCUACUUGAUCAAGCCGACCCAGGAUAAUCUUGCACUAUACGAGGUGUGGAGUUCGUCCCCCAAUCAGAGUGAGGUGUUCUUCGGGGACAAGGUGGACCAGUGCUACAAGUGUGUGGUGCCGCAGGGAACCACCGUCCUCAUCCCCACAGGAUGGAUCCAUGCUGUUCUCACCUCUCAGGAUUGCAUGGCGUUCGGUGGGAACUUUCUCCACAACCUCAACAUAGGCAUGCAGCUCAGGUGUUAUGAAAUGGAGUGGCGGUUAAAGACUCCGGACCUCUUCAAAUUCCCUUACUUUGAGGCAAUCUGCUGGUACGUGGCCAAUAAUCUACUGGAGACUCUAAAAGAGUUACGAGAGGAUAACUGCCAGCCCCCAGUCUACCUGACAGAUGGAGUGAAAGCCUUGAUUACUGCACUGAAAAACUGGCUGAAACGAGAGGUCACAGAGCAGGCCAGUGAGGUCCCGGACCAUAUCAGACCCAACCAUCUGAUUAAAGAACUCACAAAGGAAAUCCGCUACCUGGAGGAGGAGGAGCAGAGUGUAGGUAGCAAGCCAGUGAAAUCUCAGGGAUGUGGACCGUGCCCACUGAUGCGGUCGACUCUUGACAAGGCUAGACAUCAUGCACGCAGGACAGCCAGACGGCUACGGCACCACCACCACCAUCAUCACCAUGCGCCCAAGACCCCCUCCAACCUGGAGAUCCUGGAGCUGCACACGCGACAGGUGCUCAAGAGACUGGAGGUGGGACCCUUUGAGGAGGAUGUCCCGUUCAGCUCCACGGUGAUGGCCAAGUUCAAUAAGACGUCCAUGACGUCUGCUGCAGCGGUGGAGAGGAGCCUGGACAACAACCUCCUUCUGGUGAUGUGCAACGGCAGGAUUAUUAGAGAUGAGCGUCGUCACACAAGGGUGAAGAGUAGUCCGGUGCGGGACGGUAAGAGGGCUGGCGACCACCAGAGGGAAGGGCUCCUGGUGAAGACCGAGCUCAAUGACAGCAAGCUGGAACAGCACCAAGACCAAGAGAGAGAGGAGAAACCCAGCCCCCUCAGCAGUGAGUCUAACUGGUCAAGUCACCAGCUGUCAAUCAACGGUUUAGAGUUUUCCGAAAGAGUGAAUUACGAUCUCAGGAAAGGAGCCGUAGUGUACUCCGACAUUUCAGACUCUGAGUCCGAAGAACGUUGCUCUAUGCAGAAAAAGGACUCCUCGGGGGAAGAUUCGGGGAGCUCCGAGGAGGAGGAAAGCGAGUAUAAAGAGCAUUGUAGGAUGGCGCGAGGCAGUGUGAAGGACCUACACCAGGCCAGCCAGGCCCUUCACCACUUUGACAAACCACUCAAAGGACAACGUCCUACCUCUCCAACCACAGAAGAGGAGGCUAUUGAGGGCAUGCUGUCCAUGGCAGGGCUGCUUUAUCCUCAGCGACCAGAGGAGAGCAGCACUGCUCAGGAGCCCUGGUGGUCCAGCCUGGCUCAUCAGUCCCCUGACAGUGGUGGAGAAGAGCCUGUGUCAGGGGAUGAUUCAGACAGCAACUCCACACUGAGCCUUCAGGAUGAGCGGAGGGCACAGCAGCAUGUGCAUAAGGAGUGUCGAGCCAAGCUUAGCCAGAGGAUCCAGGAGAACAAGAACUUAAUGGACAAUCAAAGCAGUGGGAGUAACAGUAACAGCAGCGAGGCCUGGGGUGACCAAAGCCCCUCUCAGGCUGCCUCUAGCCCCCUCCGCCUGGACCUCAGCUCAGGGACUGACUACCAGUACAGUGAGACUUCCCUGUCACCCCCCCGGCACCCCUCCAAGAGGCCCGCUCCAAACACCCCACCCAUCAGUAAUCAAGCGACUAAAGGAAAACGUCCUAAGAAAGGUAUGGCCACCGCUAAGCAGAGACUAAGGAAGAUUCUCAAGCUGAGCAGGAACAACCACUUCUUGCUAUAGCACUCAAGACCCUGAUGUCUACAGAAAUAACUUUGAGAAGGGACAACUCGCCCCCCUGCCCAUAUACUCUUUCGGUUGUAACUGACAUUUUACAAAAAUCAUUGCUUGGAUGGAGUCAGUUAACUUGAGUGCACUCUUUUUAUUACAUUUUUUGUGUGAUUAAUCGCAUUGUCUGAAAGCGUUCAAAAUAAACUGAAACAUCCAAAAUACAUAAUCUAUACAGAUAAAAACAACGAUGCGAUGUCCAAACAAGUUGACAUUUAGGUUAAAGAAAGUGUGCUUUAUCAAUUUACCUGAUUUGGCUAACCGUUACUUUGGACAAAAUCAAGACUUGAAUAUUUUUGUAAUGCUUUUCGUAUAAAAAAAUAUAAAAUUACAGCUCAAUUUGAGCAUAUUCUGAAUUUGCGAUUUAAUCGUGAUUAAUCACAGCAAAUCCUGGAAUUAACCCAAUUUAUUUUAUCAUUUGACAGCCCUAAUUGGAUAACAAGAUAAUGGAUUUACAGAAGAAAGCACACAGUUUCCCAUGGUGAAGUGUGUUGGUUUGGUCUGACUUAAGAUCAAGAAUGAUGCUAUGGUGUUUGAACUCAUUUUAAAUGGUGCUGAAGUGCAUAUUCAUGUUAUCCUUUCGUCUACCCUCUUGUUACAAUCACCAGUGAUUGAAUUUGAGAUGGGGGUAUAUUUUGAUGCAGCACUCCAGGCACCUCAGCUUCGCGGUAUGUAAAAGCUAUCUGUCGCUAAUACAUUAAGCCAUUCCAAGAAUACCUCUCCCAACACAUUAAGUUUACAGGUUCUGUUUACUGAAGGGAUUACGACUCCUCAUUGCUCUAUAGUUGGAUCACUGACCAUAUCAAAUGUGUUCCUUUGGUGCCACCUAUUGGUCAAAGGAGGGCAGGAGCUUGAAAGUGCUGUUAUUAUGAAAGGUUUUUGAAAUUGCAAAAAGCUAUCAAGUAGAAAAUGUACAGAAUGUAUAAACAGAAAAUAUAAGUUAUCCUUAAUUUAUUUAACUUUCUCUUUUGGUGUUUUGUGUUUUAUUGUUUUUCUUUUGCUGGUAUUGAAUUAUGUAUCGUGAAAAAAGUUAAUAAUGGCUUUGAUAUGACAAUCCUGUUAAAAUGGUUAAUGUAACGGGUGUGUGAUUUAUUUUUUUAUAUUCGCAAACAGGUUGUAUAUGUUGCCUCUAUCACAUUUGUAUGGGUGGAUUUAAGCAAAAAUCUACCAACAUGUGGACCUAAAUUAGAUUUGAAAUGUUUGGGAGAUGAUACACAUUUCUUAUCUUCUAGGUCGGCUAAGAUUGAUAUUAUUAAAUAAUAUUUGUCUUACUCGUUAGUAUGAAUUUUAUUUUUUAAAUUUUUAUACAUGUGUCUUCAGUGACACUGAUAAUUUUAUAAUUGUACAAAGUGUAUGUGAGAAAUUUAAUUAUGGCUACUGAUCUAGUUAUUGUUAGUGUAUGUUUAUUUUCCAUAUCACUAUACCCUUGGCUUGAAAGACCUCAGGUUGGAUUUUGAAUUGGUGGUGUUUUUUUGUUAGUGAUAAUGCCAAAAAUGUGAUUCCCAUGAAUGGGCGAAGUGAGAGAUUGCUCCUGUUGGUGUCUUUCUCAGGGACACAUUCUCUUGACUUAAGAAACAUUUAUUUUUAUUUUUAUAAGCAACAUGAAAUGACCCAUCAUCGUUGACACUUUCUGAUCAUUGAUUUUAUUUACAUAAAAAAAGUUGCAUUGGUAUUACGAGUGUUACUAGGAAACCCCUUUUAGUUGUGACCUUGACUCCUUUUUAUGGAAAUGUAAUUAUGCUGCCUGUCUUCCCAACUUUCAUUGGUAAGUUUGUUCAUAUAUGUUGUCAAUCGUCGUCACUUCAAUAAGUGAAUGAUGGACUAUGUUACAACUGCUCAGGGCUCUUUGGUGGUGACUGUGUCUAGACUAAGAACUUUUAAAUAUUUAUUUUAUGGGCAUUGUGCUACAGAGAAUGGUUGCAUCAAAAGAAGCAACCUCUUGAAUACAAAUCCUCUUUCUGCAUUUAGCAAAGAGCAUGCCAACAGAGGUGACCCCAAGUGAAGUUGAGCCAUCUACUAAAUCCUCACCAUUCUUAUAUGCUAUCUGCCAAGGCAUAUUGCACUAACUUCCAGGUUUAAGCAUAUCAAAUAGCUUUAGAUGCCCCCAUUCAAGUAUUUGUGACAGAACUGAGUUCCCAUCAUGAAUUUACUUUUAAUCCACACCCUACCACACCCUACUACUGUAUUUAGCCAUUGUGCUUGGGCUCCAAAAGUAUUGGGACAGUGAAUUUUUUUUCUUUGUUUUGGCUCUGUAUUCCAGCACUUUGGAUUUGAAAUUAUACAGUAACUAUGAGGUUAGUCAGCUUUAAUUUGAUGGUAUUUUCAUCCAUGUUGGGUGAACCGUUUAGAAAUUACAGCACUUGGUGUACAUGGUCCCCCCCCCCCCCCAUUUUUAGGGGAUCAAAAGUAUUGGAACUAAUUCACUUGUGUAUUCAAGUAGUUUCAAGUUUAUUUAGUCCCAUAUUGAUAGCAUGCAAUGAUUACAUCAAGCUUGUAACUACAAACUUGUUGUCAUUUGAGUCACUUUUAUUGUAAUUAAGAAUUGGAUGUUUCUAAACACUUCUACAUUAAUGUGGAUGUUACCAUGAUUACGGAUAAUCCUGAAUGAGUGAGAAAGUUUACCCCCCCCCCCCCCCCAAAAAAAAAUGCUAAACUCCCCUGAUAUUAAAAUGGUGAGAGGUUAGCAUGUCUUGAGGGUAUAUUAUUUGUGCGUCUAACUUUCUCACUCUUCAUUAUUCACAAUUCAUUCAGGACUAUCCGUAAUCGUGGUAGCAUCCACAUUUAAUGUCCCAUGUUUCAUGAGCUGAAAUAAGAUCCCAGAAAUGUUCCAUAUGCACAAAAAGCUUAUUUCUCUCAAAUUUAGACCACGAACCUGUUUGCAUUCCUGUUAGUGAGCAUUUCUCCUUUGCCAAGAUAAUCCAUCCACCUGAGGGGUGUAACCACACGAGCCCAGGACCUCCACAUCCGGGUUCUUCUCCUGCAGGAUCGUCUGAGUGGGUGCUGAGAGUAUUUUUGUCUGUAAUAAAGCCCUUUUUGGGGAAAAGCAAAUACUUAUUGGCUGGGCAUGGCUCCCAAGUGGGUGGGCCUGGGAGGGUAUAGGUCCACCCAGGGCUGCGCCCACGCCCAGUCAUGUUAAAUCCAUAAAUAAGGGCCUAAUGAAUUUAUUUCAAUUUACUGAUUUCCUUAUAUGAACUGUAACUCAGUCAAAUCUUUUAAAUUGUUUUGUGUUAUUUUUGUUCAGUAUAGAAGUGUUUAGAAACAGUCAAUUAUAAUUUACAAUAAAAUGUACUCUAAAAUGACAGUACAUGAUUUACCAUUCAUUUCUAUUGGGCACAAAAUAAUCUGAAACAUAACCAAAACAAACAGUAAAAACAUCCAACAAGUUUGUAGAUUCACAAGCUUGAUUUAAUCAUUGCGCGCUAGGAAUAUGGGAGCAAAUACUAAACUUUUGACUACUUUAAUACACGUGAAUUUGUCCCAAAAGUUUUGGUCCCCUAAAAUGGGUGGACUAUGCACAGAAAGUGCUGUAAUUUCUAAAUGGUUCACCCGAUAUUGAUGGAAAUAGCCUAAAAUUAAAGCUGACAGUCUGCACUUUAACUUCAGUCAUUAUAUCAUUUCUGGAGUACAGAGCCACAACAAGAUGGUGUGGAGAGAUUAAUUCAGAGAAGCUUGACUUCCAAUUCUACUCCCAGGCCCUGUAAAACCACAAUAACAAAAAGUCUAAGCUUCUGAAAGGGCGAAGAUCAUGAGUUGCUUUUCAGUUUCUCUCAACAACACUGUUUCACUUUUCAUCGUCCCAACAUGUUUAAUCAUGCAAGGCAUUACUGGCCUUCUGGCAGAGUCUUGUUCUCCAGUAGACUACUAUUAAUUGUACAGUAUUUAACUGAAUUUUAGACUAUUUUUACAUUUGUGGGAAGUGUUGGUCACUUCCAGUCUGCGGUUUGGUUGAAUGUCUAUAAUAGUUUAUUUCAUCAUUGAAAACAAUAAGCUUGUCUUGACACUAACCCAUUGCAAUGAAUAUUUGAAUGUUUAUUUCUGUAUCCCAAUGUGGCCUGUAAAUAAUUACAUAUUUUAAAGUGA